AUGGAAUACAUGGACCCAAUCCGAGACACCAAGCGAGUAUCACAACUUCCAAACAGUCUUUUAUGGUACGAGUUCAAGAUGGAGAUCGAUGAGGGGGGUGAUGAAGCACUCGCGACAGAUGCUCUUGACCUCAUUCGCAGCGUCAUCCAAGACAAUGAAGAGCUGGCGGAAGAGCUAUCAGAGUCUCUCUCGAGCGGUGGCGACCCUAAUAAUUCUUCGGACAAUCAGCCGCCGGACCUCAUUCAUCUCACGACAAUGAUUCUGGAGGAAGCCCUCAGUCGCUCACAAGCUCGAACAGUGUUCGUCCAUGGGGAGAUAUGGGUGGAGCACUUGAGUUGGAAGUAUGCCCAGCUUGGCGACACAUUUGAGAUUGGACGACGACUGUCUUCGUUUUAUGACUACGUUCUCAAGCAAUCUCCACCUGCUUUGGGCGAUCGUCCCUUCCCUGCCCUAAGCCAAGCUCUGGCUGACGUUCUUCUCCAUAAGGCCACGACGUCAACCAUCAAACCGCUCGUAUCAUCGAUAGCGGUUGCCCCCCACAUCCUCGGCACCCUCUACGCUUCGCUAGUCCUUAGCUACAAGCAGUCCAUUCCCUAUUCCUCAAAACCGUGUCUUCCGGAGCAAGCUCUGUGCGCGCGAGUGGCGGGAGGUGCUGGGUUCACGGAUUCUACUAGAUCCAGAAUAGAUCCCGUUGACAUCCUGGCAAAUUAUGUUAAAGGGUGGGAUAUUGGGACAGCUGUUCCGCUGGAGUCGAUCAGAGUUCUUUAUGCCCUCUGCGCAUUCUUGUCUGUGACUCAGCCCUCGAAUCCAGAGGCCACUGUCGUAUCGUUCGUGCGAAUUGUACAGCACCCAUGUGAGGAUCUCGCACUGCGUAAUGCCGUUUGGAACUUCAUAGCCUUUGCCCAAGAGCAAGGAGAGGAUGAUUCAAAGAAGCACAUGAGCGCCCUCGAAGUUGCUAACGAAACGCUCAGUCGAUGGAAAGACUUGUGGGAGGCCAAUCCCCAACUCUUAGCAUCAGUGUUUCGCUUCAUUUAUGUCGUGUGGCAACACGGGCUUGAACACAAAAAUCUCAUUGAUACUACUCGUGGUAAUGACGAGUUUUGGACCAAUGUGGUUGCUGUUGUUAAAGAGGAGCUUAGUCCCAAUCUUGACUACGAGACAGAGACAUUCAUCAUAUUGGACGACGAGUGCCGAUCAAGUCUCCACGAAGCAGUAUCUGUUCAGUCGUAUCGCAACAUGGUGAAGUCAUAUGCUGUGCGUGUCAUUGGACAGGCCAUCUUCCUUCAGCCACAGUCUGGGUCCUGUGAGCCCGCGAAGAAGCCCUUGAGUUACAGCAAGCUAGCCCCAUCAUUCAAGUCCGAAGAUCAACUCAACGAAUUGAUAUUGGAAGCAAAGAGCACAUCGUAUGACCCCAGUCUUUCUGAUAAACUCGCCGCGCAGCUUCAGCAGGACUUCCCGGGCCUCUCCCUCACUCACCUACAGUUGCAAGAUCUCAGCGACGAGCGGCAGUUUGGUGAUGACUUCAUGUUCUCCAUAGCACUUCUUCGCAGUCGUAUGCAGCAGUGCGUGUCGGGUGAUGAUAUGGCAAAUGCAGUGGAAGAGGUGGAAAAGAGGAUCACGUCUUUGAAUCUCAAUCUCUCCCUCACCUACGCUCAGACGGCUUUGACGAAGUCGUGGCAGUUCCUUUUGCAUCAAGUGUUGCCAUUUGUACGGCCAGUGCCAGAGAUCCGUUUGAACCUCCUAUCACUCUCUGCCAUGAUAUCCGGAGACCUAGCUUUGAAGAAAAGGUGA